CCUCUCUUCACAUCCUCCCCCCUCCCACACCCACCACCCACCCUACUUCCCUUCACACAACCAUGCUGCGCUCGCUGACCAAGGUCAUGGCUGCGGCCGGGGCAACGACGACCGGGUGGUACAUCCUCACCUCGCGGAGCAUGGCGUCUGCCACGGGCAACGGCAGCGAUGGAGUGCCCCCUCCGCCUGCAGUCCGCCCGCUUGUGCUCUCUGGCCCAUCUGGUGUGGGCAAGUCGUCCAUGAUCAAGCGGAUUCUGGCAGAGAACCCGGGCUGCUUUGGCUUCUCCGUCUCCCACACCACCCGCAAGCCCCGGGCUGGUGAGGUUGAUGGCGUCGACUACCACUACAUCAGCAAGGACCAGAUGGUGGCCGAUGUGGCCCGUGGCCUGUUCAUUGAGUCAGCCACCUUCUCGGCAAACAUGUACGGCACCUCCUUUGCUGCUGUCCAGUCGGUCGCUGAGAAGGGCAAGAUCUGCAUCCUCGACGUUGAGCUGCAGGGCGUGCUCGCCAUCCGCGACUCGAACCUCGACGCCCGCAUCGUCGUCGUCUUCCCGCCUUCCAUGGAGGAUCUGGAGACCCGGCUUCGCUCGCGCGGGACAGAGACCGAGGACGCUAUCCAGCUCCGCCUCACCGCUGCCAAAGCAGACAUGGCCUACAUCCGCGAGCACAACAUCGCCGACGUCAUCAUUGUCAACGACAACCUCGACGUCGCUAUCAACGAGCUGAUGGAGGUCGUUCAGGAGGACUUGAUGGCGGUCAAGACCUACCACGCCGAUCUCAAGGCGCUCGGCCUCCCCGUACCCGAGUAAAAAGUGACACGUCCUU